UUACAUCUCUUUCUUAACUAAAUAAAUGUCGGCUGUAUUAUAUCUCCCAAUUGGUUAAUAAUUUUGUAAAAGUAGUAGUUGGACUUUGACAUAUACUUAAAUAAUCCGACAAGUGUACAGUAUUGAGUGUAUUGGACUUUCCAUUCCCUUUUCUAAAUUAAAAUGUCUGAAAAUAGCAGUCCAAUUAAAUAUUUCCUUAGUGGAGGUUUUGGUGGGGUGUGUACUGUACUAGCUGGACACCCUAUGGACACAAUCAAAGUAAGGUUGCAGACUAUGCCUCUCCCUAAACCUGGUGAAGUUGCUUUGUACGCUGGAACUUGGGAUUGUUUUAAAAAAACUAUACAAAAGGAAGGAUUUCGCGGGCUUUAUAAAGGAAUGUCAGCUCCUCUGACAGGAGUCGCACCAAUUUUUGCAAUAAGUUUCUUCGGAUUUGGACUUGGUAAAAAAUUAAUUAAGUCUGACGAAAAUCAAGUUCUUACCAAGUCGGAACUGUUCGCAGCCGGUGCAUUUUCUGGCAUCUUCACUACUUCCAUAAUGGCCCCCGGUGAACGUAUCAAGUGUUUGCUACAAAUUCAACAAGGUGGGAAUGUACCUCAGAAGUAUAAUGGUAUGCUUGACUGUGCCAGACAGCUAUAUGCGGAGGGUGGUAUAAGGAGUAUUUAUAAGGGCAGUGUGGCCACUAUUUUAAGAGAUGUGCCAGCCAGCGGCAUGUAUUUCAUGACCUAUGAAUGGGUCAAAGAAGUACUUGUGCCGGAGGAUGCCACUGCUAAAGUUAAAAUGAUGGCAACCAUCAUCGCUGGUGGCUGCGCUGGUAUAGCUAACUGGUUGGUAGGCAUGCCAGCUGAUGUUCUGAAAAGCAGAUUACAAACGGCCCCAGAAGGUACAUAUCCUAAUGGUAUGAGAGAUGUAUUCAAACAAUUAAUGGAGAGGGAGGGGCCUACGGCGUUAUACAAGGGUGUAACACCUGUCAUGAUAAGAGCUUUCCCAGCCAAUGCCGCUUGUUUCGUUGGUUUCGAGUUAGCUGUUAACUUCCUUAACUGGAUCGCGCCCAAUCUUUGAUAGAGAUCAUUUAUAUUUAUGUCAUAAAACUGUAUUAUAGAGUAGUAAUAAGUGUCCUUAUAAGUCAAACUUGUAAUUUUAUAUUGCUGUGAUUACAAAUAAGUGUUUUAUAUUGUCACAUGUAAAUAUUUUUUUUUGUAUAAUCGCCAGCUAUAAUGACAAUAAUUAUUAUUUGCCACUUGAUAUAUUUUCUUACACCAUUUUAUAAACCUUCGCUCAAUAUACACCCAUAUAUGUAAUGUUGAAAUAAAAGUUUUGCCUUUCC